CUGCGUGUUUACAAGCGUCUACGACAGCCGCCAGAGCAGCAGCAGGACUGGGAUUCACAGGCACUGAGAGAGAUCGACAUUUAAACCUGUACUUCUGGACUUUUUGUCUAUUUAUUAUUCACAUUUACCUCAAGACGGUUAUAAGAAGUACUCCCUGCCUGGAGCCGAAGGGAUAUUCAACAUGCUGGGGAGGAAAAAGAAGCCGGAGACAGUUCAGACUGAACCCAAAGCGUACGAGGCGAAAACCCACGAUCCACUUCGGAGGCUUGGAGUGUUGGACGAUGAAGAUGUGCGCCUGAUGCUGCAGGGGUCAAAGAUGAUGAAGGUUCGAUCUCAACGUUGGCGGAAGGACAGGAGCCUGAAGCUUCUGGAGGACUGUGUGACAGUGUGGUGUGAGUCCAGCAAAACCUCCCGCAAAGGCAAAAGACAGCAGACCUUCUCUGUGACAGAGGUGGAGUGUGUUCGGGAGGGCUGCCAGUCAGAGUGUCUGCGAAGAAUGACAGAUCUGGUUCCAGAGACCCACUGCUUCACUGUGGUCUUCCGUGGAGGAAGGAAAAGCCUGGAUCUGUGCUGCUCCACACAGGACGAAGCGGAGCAUUGGGUCCGAGGCCUCCGCACACUCAAAGACCGUGUCUCCAACAUGAGCCAGAAAGAAAAGCUGGACCAUUGGAUCCGAGGCUAUCUAAGACGUGCGUACCAGAACCAGGAUGGGAAGAUGAGCUACGACGAGGUGAAACAUCUGCUACAGCUGAUCAACAUUGACCUGAACGAACAGUAUGCACGCACCCUCUUUAAGAAGUGUGAUCGCUCGUGUGACGGGCGGCUGGAUCACGUGGAGAUUGAGGAGUUCUGUCGUGAGCUGAUGCGCAGGCCGGAGCUGGAUGCGGUGUUCAGGCAUUAUUCUGGUAACGGAUGUGUGCUCACAACCUUGGAGCUGCGGGAUUUUCUUGGUGACCAAGGCGAAGAUGCAUCACUGGCCCACGCGAAGACUCUCAUCCACACCUAUGAGCUCAACAGCUGGGCCCGGAAGAAUCUUUUCAUGACCCAGAACGGUUUCACCAUGUACAUGCUCUCGCAAGAGAACGAUGUGUUUAACCCGGAUCACGCUCACGUGUAUCAGGACAUGAGCAGACCACUGGCACACUACUACAUCUCUUCUUCUCAUAAUACAUACCUCACCAAAGACCAGGUGACCAGCGCCAGCAGCACUGAGCCUUAUAUCAGAGCUCUGCAUCAGGGGUGUCGCUGUGUUGAGCUGGACUGCUGGGACGGUGAUAAAGGAGAGCCCAUGAUCUACCAUGGGCACACGCUCACCUCCAAAGUGCUCUUUAAAGAAGUCAUUGAGACCAUCGCUCAGUACGCCUUCAAGACAUCUCCAUAUCCUCUGAUCUUGUCCCUGGAGAAUCACUGCUCAGUGGAGCAGCAGGCGGUCAUGGCGCAGCACCUGCACUCCUUUCUGGGAAAGAAGCUCCUGAGAAAGCCGCUCAAUGACCUGCCCCUCAAACAGCUGCCCUCACCUGAGGAGUUGAUGGGGCGGAUCCUGCUGAAGGGAAAGAAGUUAGGUGGUCUGCUGGGGAAGACUGAGAGCUGGACUAGCUUCUCAUAUAGCUCAGAUGAAUCUGAGUCUGCGGCUGGAGGGGGCGGGAACAAAAAGGAAUCCAAAAAGGAUCCUGGAAGGUCUAUGAGCACUAAACUGAGCCCAGAGCUGUCAGAUCUGGUGGUGUAUUGUCAGAGUGUGCCUUUCAGUGGUUUCGAGACAGCCAGUCAAAGACCUCCUAGCAUGAUGUCCUCUUUCUCUGAAAAUGAGGCGCUCAAACUCAUCAAAGACUCAGGGAAGUUGUUUGUUCGACACAACAGUUGGCAGCUGAGCAGGGUUUACCCAUCAGGCCAGAGGUUACAGUCCUCCAACUACGACCCGCAGGAUAUGUGGAACGGAGGCUGCCAGAUGGUGGCCCUGAACUUCCAGACCCCAGGAGAGCAGAUGGACCUGAACCAGGGCCGCUUUCUGCCCAACGGCCGCUGCGGAUAUGUGCUUAAACCUGACUUCCUGUGUCACCCAAAGUCCAACUUUGACCCUGAGAACACAGGUGGAGGACCAGGACAUAUACCCACACAACUUACCAUACGGGUGAUCUCAGCCCAGCAACUUCCUAAAAUAAACACAGACAAUCCCAACUCCAUUGUGGACCCGCAGGUCUGGGUGGAGAUCCAUGGAGUUUCCAUCGAUAAGGCUCGUGCAAAAACCCAGCGCAUUGACAGCAAUGGUUUCAACCCCCGCUGGGACUGUACUGUUAGCUUUCAGCUGCAGGUGCCUGAACUGGCCUUGGUGCGUUUCAUGGUGGAAGAUCAUGACUACAAAUCCAAAAAUGAUUUCAUUGGCCAGUUCACACUUCCAUUCAACAGCCUACGAACAGGUUAUCGUCAUGUUCACCUGCUAAAAGCUGACGGCUCUAGUCUGUCCCCUGCCACGCUCUUCAUCCAUGUCAAGGUGUUACGGCGAGGAGUUCCUAUUAAAACCGUUUCUGAGCGGAAAGGCAAGGCCUGAGGCUUCUGUCAUGAUUCCUGGAAAUGUUUAUUUCUGGAUGUACCUUACUGAAGGAAAAACCCCUGAGCUGGGCUCUUGAGGUGAUGGGACAAUCUGCAGAAAGUCAGUGUAGUUUGUGAUUCAAAGUGAUUCAUUUUGCUUUUUUUAUUGUUCUUUUGUGCUAUUGUCUGCAGAGCAGAACGUCUAACGUGUUAUAGAAGUUUUAGGAUUGAAGCUUAAGAUGUUAUGAAGUCAGUAUUAUUAGAAGUUACAAGUCAGUGUUGUUUAUAGAGCCCUUUUCCAUUAAGACUGGUUUCUAUUGAGUUUCUGUGAGCCUUGAAAUCAGGAAAUGUAACACAUUUUAUGAAAAUGUUAUAUUUUAAUUGAACUUAAACUAGUCUUUAAAUGCUGGACAAUAAUUAUAUGUACAUGUAGACAGAAAUGAACUGUCUUUAAUUUUUUUUUUUUUAUAGUUUGAAUCUUGUCGUUUUGUUGGUGGUUCUGAUAUGCUGAACACUGAUAGCAGGGUAAAGAAAGUGUAGAAACAUAAUUUUGAAAGGAUACUCAAAGCAUAGCAAGAGUCAUGACUAUUUUUUUGCAAGUAUUUUUUAAUUGAUUCAAAAACCAACAGCAAUUCAGCAGUAUAUAAGUAAUAAGAAAUCAAUAAUUAUCAGUAAUUAAGCAAUCCGCGUAAUAAGAUAAUUCUGAAAAAAAAAAUAUAUUAAUAUAAUUAAUGUAAAAAUAAUAAAUAUUAAAUAUUUUUUAAAAAGCUACCACUUAUGAUGAAUACUGUGUUUAACAGUGUCAGUCAAUAUGAGACAUAAGAUGUUAUCAUUAAAGCUAAAAGCAAGCACUGAAAAUGUUGAGUGUGUCAUAAGAUAUGGUCAAAUAUUAUCAACUUACAUGACUUGACCAGUGCUUCCUAGUUGAAGAUGCAGCCAACUAUAUCACUUGCCGCUAGAUGCUUCGUUUUACCUCCAAGUUUGUUAAAUCCUGAAAACAUGUGGUUAUUAUUAACUCAUAAAUGUCUGUUUUGUACUAGGCUAUUUAACAUACCGUAAUAUUAUAAAGUAAUGUGAGCUGCUUCUGUAAAGACGUGUAAAAUGCAGAUGUUCUGUUUCACAGUAGAAAACAGAUUUUAUACAGUUAAUACAGUACUGUAUGUGUAAUUUUGUGUAUACAUGCUUCAAUUUUAGCAAGAAUACAUUAUUUUUUAAGUUGCAUUGAAAUAGAAAAUCAGUCAUUAAUUAAAUUAAUAUUAACUAGUAUUUAUUUUUACAUUAUCAGCAGCAGACAGCAGUUGCAAAUCUUCACUUAUUUAAGCACAGAUACUAAUUAGGUUCAGAUUUAUUUUUUGCAUGUGUAGCCUAUUUUUGAAUCCAUGAAAAUAUAGGAAUCAAUCUCCAUUGUGCAGUUGUGCUCAUUAAUUGUUUUUAGUGAUAUUUGGAAAGAUGUAGUGCCUUUGAAAGCAUGCUUACAUUUUAUAAAUUUAAAAACUGUACCAAA